ACUUGCUACGUGACAUUUAAAGCGAAAGGCAGUGUUUUCAUCUUUUUUCUCAAUUAAUCUAGUUUAUUUUCUUACAUAUAUCGUAUUUUGGCAAGUGUAUGAGAUCAAGGCUAGGUUUUCUUUUGUUUAAAUUUCUCACCAUUUUAAGAAAUCAAUUGAAAUAAUGGAUGCAAGUGAUUUUGCGAGUGGUCGUACUAGUGGUGAUGGUAUGGAAUUUGUGGAUACGGUUCAAGCGGAUCGAACUACUGUGAAAGUUCCAUUGACAUCACCAAAUACUCGUACGAAUACGCUGAAAACAACUGAUGAAUCGACAAGCCGAAUUCCGGGUGCAACGACAAUUUAUCGGUUUGACGAUAAUCAAAGCAAUUCAGUUAAAUUGCCUGCAAAAGUUCCACAAGGAAAAUUAUUUCACUUAGUGCCUCAUUUAGUUAGUACGAAAAAAACAUGUUCACUUAAAAACAAAGCACCACGAUUUGUGCCAUUUGAACCGUACAAAGCAGCUGUAAAUCCAAUGGUACCCGAAAUGUUGUCAAAGCGACAGCGAUCAAAUAAGAAAAAUAAUUUGGAUUUAAACACUUUGGUGUGUCAUGUGGCGAAUAUAAAAACCAGCGAAUUUAAUAAUAUGAAUUUUGAAAGUGAUGAAGCAAAAGAAGCGGCAGCCACAAAGCAAAAAAUGUAUGAAAAACAAAUUGGCGAGAUGAAAAAGGAGCGUGAUUCAUUUGAAAGUCAGCUAAAGUUUCAGGUUCAGGUGAAUUCUGAAUUGAAAAAUUUAUUGGUCGCUGCAGUUGGCGAAGAUUUGCAAACCCGUGUCAAUGUUUUAACAGAAGAUAAAUUGCAAUUGGCCAGAGCACUGUUGAAUUCAGCACACAACAUUACAACACAUACCGAGCAAAUCGAGUAUUUGGCCAAUCAGAGCGAAGUAUGGCGUAGCAAAUUUUUAGCAAGCAGUUUAAUGGUGGAAGAACUGGCACGAUGGAAAGCGAGUUUAAUGCAAAAGAAUAAAUUGCUGCUCGAUUCGAAUAAGCAAAUGCUAGAAACAACUUCUCAACUUCGAGGCAUGCAAGCGAGCAUUUUACGAAAUUUGAAAUUCUUGGCCCAAUUAAAGUCAAUGAAUCUUCCGUCAUCGAAUGUAACCGACCUUACAUUGGAAUGUCUUAACAUUUCUGAGCAACUUGUUUUGCAUUCUGGCAUUGGCAUGCCGGAAAGUUUGGAUUUGACACAUUUGGAUACGACAACCGAAUCCGAAAAGUUGGCAAUUGAUGCUAUUCAGGCAUCAAAUCAGACUCUGGUAUCAUCGGACGCGGCACACAAGGCCGUUGUUCAUCAAGCCUUUCCACCAACUAGAAUGAGCGUGGAAACACAAACAUCAGCGAACGAUAUCAAUGAGUGAUUAAUUAACAAAUAAAAUGUAAUUGGAUUUCUUCAAACAAAAUGAAGCCCAAAAGCAAAUAUUUAAUUUAGAUAAUGUUUUAUGAAAUUCUCAAAUGAGUGCUAUUGUAAAUACUAUUAAAAUCAAGAUUAAAAUUGUUUCAAUAUGAUCGACAAAGUGAAUACACCAAUAAUAAAAGUUAUUUUCAACAAAUAAAAUUUA